AUGCAGUCCAAGAAGGUGGAUGUCAGCGGGGCCAAGCAGUGGUACAACGACGCCGACCGAAGAUACUCUCCCGGCAUCGGCAACACGACGCAGACGUUUGGCGACAUGGGCGUGUUUUUCGAGGCACUGACCCACCUUGUCCUCCCCUCGACUGCCGAGAAGCGCGUUCCCAGCACCUUUCUUUUCGACGAGGAGCGCAUCAUGAAGCUGAAAUCUGACAUGCUUGAUGCCGUCAACCUCGAAGUCUGCAUGCGCAUGUACGAGGACCUGGAGAGGGUGGGACGAUUCAGCUCGAGAAUGUUUGGCGCCAGCCGGGCCGUGGACGAGGAUACGCUAAACAGGUCCAUGUCUCCCGAGUUCAACUUCAACAGCCCAAUCUCCACCUCUCGACCGUCAAGUCUCGUCUUCAGCACAUCUGGGUCCGCGUCUUCGUCGCCCAGAUCCUCCUUCGUCAUGCCCUCGUACGUCGCCCCCGAGACGAGCGAGCCGCGGACCAGGACCCGCGACGUGUACAGCACACUCGUUGCCCUGCUACAGUCGGCGACACCGACGUCCCGCCCCUAUGCUCGCUGGCAAGAGCUCGCUCCUGCCAUGGCUCUCCAGAUCUUCCGCUAUACCAAUGCGCCGUCGGAGAUGCUUGCUGCCUUUGAGGAGAAGCUGAUGGACAACGUGUGCAACGCAAACACACAGCUCUAUCUCGAAGUCGAGCAGUCGUUUCACAGCCGGCUGAUGGCGGAGCUCGGCAGCCGGGUCCGCGAAUUUAAGGCCCUGUCCGGGGUGUCACUCUUCGCCGUGGCCACUGGCGGCCGUGUCCAGAGCGGCGGCAGCCUCCAGUCCGGGCGAGAGCGGGACAUGGAGGGGUCGCCGCGUGAGGGACAGGAGGAGGGCGGACUCGAAGACAUGGCCGUCCGUCUCGCUCACCUCGGCGUCUUGCACUGGCGCGUCUGGGCGCAGCUGGUGUACUUGAGCGAUGCUGACGACGACAUGUCCCUGGAUGGGCCCUCGGGCCAGAUCUGA